AUGCCACAACGACUGCAGUAUACACGGGAAGAGUUACUCGCACUGCGAGAGACAAUUGCAGUACAUACAUUUCCAGACCCCAUACCGCCAAAUUGCCCCAUGCAUGCCGACAGUGAGUUGUUACUGUUGCAAACAACGGUAAAAAGGCGACAAAAGGAUAAUAACGGAAUAAAAACACCUUGGAUGAAAUCAACUAAUCCAAAUAUUAGUACUACAAGUAUUGCAACGAAUGGUACUAUUGGUACUACUACUGUUGAUAUGACUACUGUUAAAAGUAAGUUGGGUAGUGUGAGCUGUAGUGAUGGAAAGGAAAAUGAGAGAGAAAGAAGUCAUACCGAUCAUCCUGAUAAAGGACGAGAACAGGGUGAUGUUGUUAGGACUGCAGCAGCAGCAGCAGAAUCAAAUAUUGCAGAAGUACGUAAAGCGCCUUUUGCACGUUUAGGUAAGUUAAUUAGACCUCCUCCACUGGAAAUACCAUUUGUUACUAUUGGCCCAAAGGUUGGUUUGAGUGAUUCUGCAACUGGUGACUCUACGAGAAAAACAAUGGUAGAUGUUGAUAUGGAACGUAUGCUAAUUGCUCGUCUUCGUCAACAGCAAGAGCAAGAAAAGAAUCGACAACUAAAUCAAUUCUCUGACUCCAUGACAAUAAUAUCACAUACAAUCACAAAAGGUAUGACUAUUAAAAAACCAGUCACACCACCAGUUUUUAGAUCUGUUGAAUGUUCCCCUAACACACCCGUUGUUGCUACUCCUAAUCUAGGGUCUAUAGACCACAGUGGAAACAUUACACCACAACCUUGUGCCGAUAGUGCCGUACCCAUUAACAAUAUCUCACUCUUUAGAUCUACUAUGGGAAGUCGUUAUUUUAACUUUACACGCCCGUUAGGGAUCUGGAGUUACCUUUCCUUUAUGACUGGCGCAGCAAAUGCCUUUGCUUAUAGAUAUGUGGCAAGUGUUGGGCGAAAGAGUGAGGAGGCUUAUAAUAAUAAUAAUAAUAAUAAUAAUAAUAAUAAUAAUAAUAAUAAUAACUGCAGUGAGAGUCGAAGUGGGUGCCAAAGUUCUAUUAGACCCAGCGAAUCCCGCGUGACACCUAUACAAGUAGAAAAAUCCGAGGACGACUCAUUAGGGGCGACUGAGGGAAGUACCAAACAAUCCACACCCGACAUAGAGAAGGAGAAGCAGAAUCAGAAGAUGCCCGGCAAGAAACCACACCGACGGAGGACAAACAGGACACAUGCGGAAAAACGUGAACACCGUCGUGCAAACGAACUGCUUCUACAAAAAAACCCAGUACUAUCUGAGGGAAACGUAGAAAAAAACACUGACAAUACGUAG